UUCCCGCAAGGCUGCACCGAAGCAGGAAUGUCGCAGAUGCCGCCGCCGCCGCCGCCGCCGCCUCUUGGCUGGCGCCUGCUUGGGUUCAGCUUGUUGCUAGGCUCCUUCUGCUUCACCCUGGAGUCCGCGGCGCUAGGCGACUCAGCUACAGAUGCUCUGAAUGUCCUUCUGAUCAUUGUGGAUGAUCUGCGCCCCUCCCUGGGCUGUUAUGGAGACAAAUUAGUGAGAUCCCCAAACAUUGACCAGCUGGCAUCCCACAGCAUUCUUUUUCAGAAUGCUUUUGCACAGCAAGCGGUGUGUGCACCAAGUCGAGUGUCCUUCCUCACCGGGAGGAGGCCUGACACUACCCGCCUGUAUGACUUCAACUCCUACUGGAGAGUACACUCGGGGAAUUUUUCCACCAUCCCCCAGUACUUCAAAGAGAAUGGCUACGUGACCAUGUCGGUUGGAAAAGUCUUUCACCCUGGUAUAUCUUCCAAUCACAGUGAUGAUUCUCCAUAUAGUUGGUCUUUCCCACCUUAUCACCCAUCAUCAGAGAAGUAUGAAAACACUAAGACAUGUAGGGGACAAGAUGGAAAACUCCAUGCCAACCUGCUUUGUCCUGUGGAUGUGGCAGAUGUGCCUGAGGGCACCUUGCCUGACAAACAGAGCACUGAGGAAGCCAUUCGGUUAUUGGAAAAGAUGAAAACGUCAGCAAGCCCUUUCUUCCUGGCGGUUGGGUAUCACAAGCCACACAUCCCCUUCAGAUACCCCAAGGAAUUUCAGAAGUUGUAUCCCUUGGAAAACAUCACCCUGGCUCCUGAUCCCCAGGUCCCUGAUGGCCUACCACCUGUGGCCUACAACCCCUGGAUGGACAUCCGGGAGCGGGAAGACGUCCAAGCCUUAAACAUCAGUGUGCCCUAUGGCCCAAUUCCUGUGGAUUUUCAGCGGAAAAUUCGCCAGAGCUACUUUGCUUCUGUGUCCUAUUUGGAUACCGAAGUUGGGCAUCUUUUGAGUGCUUUAGAUGAUCUUCAUCUAGCCAACAACACAAUUAUUGCUUUCACAUCUGAUCAUGGGUGGGCCCUAGGUGAACACGGAGAAUGGGCUAAAUAUAGCAAUUUUGAUGUCACUACCCGUGUGCCGCUGAUGUUCUAUGUUCCUGGAAAAACAGCCCCACUUCCUGGAGCAGGCGAGAAGCUUUUCCCUUACCAGGACCCCUUUAAUCCCACUUCAGAAUUGAUGGAUUCAGGUAGGCACGACACGGACCUCGUGGAACUUGUAUCUCUCUUUCCCACGCUUGCUGGACUUUCAGGACUGCAAGUUCCUCCUCGAUGCCCCAUCCCUUCUUUUCAUGUUGAGCUGUGCAGAGAAGGCCAGAGUCUUCAGAAGUAUUUGCAGCUCCAUGACUUUGAAGAGGAGUCGCACUUCCUUGGUAAUCCCCGGGAGUUGAUUGCCUACAGUCAGUACCCCCGGCCUGCAGAUUCCCCUCAGUGGAAUUCUGACAAGCCAAGCUUAAAAGAUAUAAAGAUCAUGGGCUACUCUAUACGUACCAUAGACUAUAGGUAUACUGUGUGGGUUGGCUUUAAUCCUGAUGAAUUUCUGGCUAAUUUUUCUGACAUCCAUGCAGGGGAACUCUAUUUUGUAGAUUCUGACCCACUGCAGGAUCACAAUGUAUAUAAUGACUCCCAACAUGGAGGAUUUCCCCACUCAUUGAAGCCAUGACUUCUGCCAGUCUAACAGGACAUAUAUGUGUCCCCUUGCCCCCUUCUGGCUCUUGAAAGGUGGCAUUAGAAAUGGCUGUCUUUUACUACCCAUUGUAAUAGACAUAAUCCGAGUGGGAAGCAAUCAAAACAUUAAUCAUCAAUUUGACCUAGGAGUAUGUGGCACACAAAUCUUUUCAUUUAGCUCUUAAGUUAUAACUGGUCAUUGGAUUUAGGCUAGGCUGAAACUCUUCCAUUUUAAAAGCACUCAUAGCUUAGUUUAAAUAACUACAAAGUGAUCUUACCAAAAUGUAAUCAUACCUUUGUAUAUAAAAUCCAUACUAGCCCAAAAUAAUACUGUAUUCAUGAAAUAAUUUACUUGUUGAAUUUAGUGCAUUUCAAAAAGUAACCAUAUAUCUUAGGUAACCCAAUGUAGUCAAAACAUGUUAACAUGGAGUUCAUUUCUUUUUCAAAUGUGAAAUUAAGUAAUCAUUCUAGGAACAACUUCUAUAUGGUCUAUGUUCAACUUUUGUUUCUAAGAGUUCAGAUUUCAAAAUCAAAGGUAAAAUACACAUGGGAUUAUUAAUGCAACAUUUCUUCAUUAAAUAAUAAAUAAAGUAUAGGUAAGAAAUUCAGUUAACUAUUUCAAUACUUGCUGGCCCAAAAAAUAAUUUAUUAGUUAAUGGUAGAACUCUUGAACUCAGUGGCUAUCUGUUAAAAUGUCAGUUAUUCAGAAUGAAAGCCAUUUAAAAUGUAAGUAUACCCAUGAUUUGAAUCCUUCAGAAUCAUAUUCAUAUUCCUAUUUAGAGAAUUUCUGAUACCCAUUUAUGCUGGAGGCAGGAGCUAUUCUUUUACCUUUUAGUAGAGAAAACGUGGAUUUAUGAAACGUAAAUUAUCUUGUGGCUUGGAAACUUUUCAUUAAUAGGGUAUAAGUAAUUUUUAGAAUGUAGUUCUGUGUUUCUUGCAUAUUCCCUAAAUAUGAAAGUAACAGGAAGGUUAUGUAACAGGUAGGGAUAAGGUUAUUUCAUUACUAUUGUUAAAGAAAAGUCAAUUCUGUAAUGUGCUGAAAACUCUUGUUAUCAGUAGUUAACAGCUUUCCAACAUACAAUGUAUUUAGUAUUGUAUUAAAUGAGUAAUUUCAAUAAUCUUCUCCUUAAAAUGCCUCAGUGUUUCAAGAUAAAUGUUUUUGAAACAGAAUAUAGCAAAUAGAUAAUUAAAUUACUCUCACGUAUUAAAUUGAAUCCCAAAAGCCAAGAUAUUAUUUUUAAGUUUGUAAAAUCUCAAAGACAGAUUGUUUUUACUAAUUGGCCUACUAUAGACAGGUAGCUCAUAGUACAAUGAUUUUCCUGACCAAUUUCUAUUUGGAGAUUGAUGGUCCCAUUCAUCUCUCCUGAUCCCCAAAUUUGCCCCUUGUCUAGAAACUGUCUUUUGUAGAUGAUUUGAUUCAGUCUUCUCUUGUUCUUUAUAUUAUUUGUCUCAUUGUAUUCACUCAGUGCCAUUUUUACAAUUUAGUUUAGAAUUUGUUUGUUUGGUUGUCUUUUUAAGGCAGGGUUUCUCUGUUUAGCUUUGGAGCCUGUCCUGGAACUCACUCUGUAGACCAGGGUGGCCUCGAACUCACAGAGAUCCACCUGCCUCUGCCUCCUGAAUGCUGGGAUUAAAGGUGUGUGCAGCCAUUGCCCAGCUGUUUAGAAGUUCUUAAACAGCAUGUCUUUAUUUUGCUUAGCUUCAUCUCCUCCUCCAUAGUUAUAGGGACAGAUUUUGACACAGGUUUUUAUUUUGCAUCCAUCCAUUUAUUGUUCCUAUUUGACCAUAGUAUAUACAUUUACUUUUUUUUUCAAUUUUAUCUCCUGAAGCAGUUUUAGUGUCAACCCCCUCCAAAUUCUGCUUCUGAUGAAGUCAUAAGCCCAUUGGUGCUCUCCACUUAGUAGUCACAUGACAUAUGUGACUAUUUAAAUUUAUUUUAUUGACAUGAAAUAAAAUUUUAAACAAUUCAAGUGCUCAGUAGCUAGACUUAGAGCCUUUCCACCAUAGCAGACAGUUCUACUCAACAGAGAUGCCCUGGAUUUGAGCUGGAUGUGUUAACCUUGAUUGGUGUGUUCCUGUAAUGAGCAAACUGUAUGUGGUUUAAGCAUAGAGUAGAGAGUUUGCUGUGGCCAUCAGCCUCUUCCUUUCAUUCUCAUUGCCAUUGCCUCUGCCCUUCUCCCUCUCCUUCCUAAAUAGUUUACCUCCCUCCCCUUUCCCUCCCCUGUUCCUUAAGGAAUCCAUGUGUCUUCCUAAAAAUCCCUCUUGACCCUGCCCUUUGAGAACACCGUCAGUGCCUACUAAGGGUCUUAAAGACCUCCGCUGAGCAGUCAGAGUCUUCCCUGGCUCCACAAUGCCCCUUCCCUUGGCUGACUUUCCCUUGCCAAUCCCUGCCUCCCUGGCCCUUCUAGCUUGUGCCCUCUCUUCUUUGCUCCAACCCUUUCAUGGCCAUUCUUCAUAGCCUGGCUCCCCUGAC